GUUUGUUGACUUUUGCGGAAAAUACAGACUUCCAUUGCUCCAAUAUUUAUGUAGCAGUAAAUGUAUUGGGCCGCGUGAUGGAGAUGAGGAAGUCGUGAGUGGUGCGAUGAUUAGAAAAGUGCUACUUGGAUGAAUUAAUGACAAAUGAAAAUUCACUCUCUUUGGAAUGAAUUUUCCGCGAGGCGAUGAUGCCCUGGAUACAGACCAGGAUGAUUUCGACGUCAUAAUUAUCGGUGGAGGCUUGACAGGGCUAUCUGCCGCCUAUCACCUCGCGAGAAAACGUGCUAAUUUAUCGGUAAUGAUUAUUGAAGCUACAGAUUCCUUAGGUGGAAGACUAAAAUCAGGAGAGCAUUUCCAUCUUUUUGUCCAUACAUUUCAGAACAAUAUGACGCAAUUACUGCGAGAAAUGAAGAUUGAAACUGAAGCCGGGGAACAAUGCGAUGAUAAAAACCGGGUCUUUUGUGAUGAGAACGGUCCGGUCCGUUCACUACCUUCUUUUCUUGCUGCACAAGUGUAUUAUUGCAUGAAAUCGCUGAACGAGAGUAGUUUAGAUGAACGGUUAGAAUCCUCGGAAAAUAAUGAGGAAUUCAGGAUCCUUGCAGAAUUGAGUGCCGUUGAUUUAAUUAACCGGAUGGUCGUCUCCCCAAAAGCCAAAUCCAUAUGCGCAAGUUUAAUUUCAUUGACUUGUGGUGAGAACUUCCCUCUCAUAGUCGAGACAUUCUCUUCCAUCGUUUCUGAUUUUAUGAAAUGUAAUUAUUUUUCAGGCUUCACGGAAUUGAAUAAUAUAUCAGCCUUAUGGCUGCUAACAGUGUUCCACAGAGCUGGUGGUUUUUUUCAACGGUUAAAGUUCUUCUUGAAUAGCAAUUCGCGUUAUUUCAUUAAAGGAGGGAAUUCUAUAUUACUUCAACGAUUAACCAAAAGAAUUCUCGAUGAAAACGUCACCAUAAACUGUUUAGAGACAGCGAAUAAAAUUACGUUCGACGAAUAUCGAAAGUUUGUGUCGACAAAUGCUCAAACAUAUAAAUGCAGCUACGUAAUUGUAGCAAUAUCACCCCCACGGAGUGGCCAACUCACCCUGGAGUCAUUCCCAGAGAACUACGAAAAAUCCCAAAGCUGUUACGUUUCAACGCGACUAAUUCGCUUCGAAUCCAACUACAGAAAUAACUUCUGGCAUCCGGAUCACUCGGGAACGAUCGUCCCCUUACUCUCCAAUGGCCCAUCACAAUUGAAACUAAUUCAAGACACGACUCACCCCCCUGGGAAUGAAAUAAAAACCCUGUCCGGGUAUUUCUGGGCAUCCGAUGCUGAUAACGAACUCUCGCGAUCUCUCCAGCUCUCAAGAACGCUGAGGCAAUGCUUCAAUCACAUCGCAGAGCAUUCCCAUGUGAAUUUUUACGAGGAGGUGGAGACGAAAGGUUUAAUGAGUGUUCUUACCCCUUCGAGCAUUCAGAAUCAUGUGAACCUCCUGAGGACGCCGUGCAGGAGGGUUUUCUUCGCAGCGAGUGAAUACUCUGGACGUUGGCCGGGUACAGCUGAUGGAGCUGUCGAGGCUGGAGAACAUGCCGCAUGUUUGGUUCUCAACGAUGUGCGACCACAGACCCUGACAAGAUCUCAAAUAGUGAAGUUCAUACCAGCGAAACCAAGAACAAGAGAAUCCAGCUUUGAAGUAUGGAUGACUACAACAGUCCUCUUGUUCGCCAACUUUAUGAUAUUCUGGCCUUUUUGUCGAAAGGCGUACGGAUUUUAAACUUAGAGAACAACUCACCAAUGGAUCUCAAAAUGGAUGAAACGAUUGAAAACAAUUUAUACCUGACAUUUUCCAUUUUUAAUUGAAUUACAAAUGCACAUUAAUGAAACUU